GAGAAGGAGAUAGGAGAUAGCCGGUGCAUUGCAUUGUGGGAGAUUUCGUUCUCUUGCCUUUAGUUACGUCGCAGUAGGAUAAAGUUGCUGCUGAAAUACUCAAGUCGUCAUACUUCACAGUACAACAUGGAUCGUGAUAAGAUGUCUUCACGUUACCGGGACACAUGCCCGUUGGACUGCAAGGUCUACGUAGGGGAACUGGGCAACAGCGGAACAAAACACGAGCUGGAAGAAUGCUUCGGUUACUACGGGCCCCUGCGCAACGUCUGGGUGGCCCGUUCUCCUCCGGGAUUUGCCUUCGUCGAGUUUGAGGAUCCCCGAGAUGCUCGGGAUGCCACCCGCGCCCUGGAUGGAAAGAUGGUCUGUGGACGAAGAGUACGCGUGGAGCUGUCAACCGGAAAGUCCCGCAAUUCUUAUCGGGGCUCCUCCCGCCCCUUCCACCCGACGGAUCGCUGCUACGACUGCGGGGAGAGGGGCCAUUACGCCCGGGACUGCCGUAUCUACUCCCGCCGCAAUUCGUCCAGGCCGCCAGAGGCACUGCGUUGUCAUAAAUGUCAGCCACUGCGGGGCUACGGUUGAUUCGCCACCGCGUCAUCUCUCCUCUGCUAUCGCGAUCGAACAGCACACGCAUCUGCGACUGUAUCAUCCACGGGCUACUACUACUACACUGCUCUGCUAGAUCAGCCCAUGAGAGAGAGAGAGAGCAACACACAAAAAAGCGAAAAAGCGAGCAUCCUUUCCUACUACAGCAGUAGAGAAUCAACUAUGCCCCCCCACACUGCGUUGAGUUGAGUUUAUCGCCGCAACACUCUGCGGCGAAGGUAAGUGCGCUUCACCGAAGGGUACCGUGGGUGCUAGGGUGGUGUGGUGUGUUUCUGCCGCAUUCUGGCCAAUCCAAUGAAAGGUAUGUUCUCUCAGUAAAGCCCGUUUGCUGGGAGAGCGGCAGGCCUCGUGGCUGAUAUAAAAAAACGACCCCAGACUAAACAUGACUUCAUACGGAGGAACUUUAGUGGUAUGUCGAGAAGAAGUUUCCUGCAGAGUUUCCUCGGGACAAGUCAUAUUUUUACACAAUUAGACUAUCUUGCACCGUGGAGAUGUAACACUUGUGGGUGGUAAUGCAGCGAACGGUCCACAUGCUGCAGCAAAAUAUCUGACACCAUAGUUUUCUUGGUACAUGUUAUCAUUUAGCCACAGAUAAUUUUACCAUCCUUGAAACACUAAGGAUGGUAACUGCAAAUUCUCUGCCUUUGACAACAGUGAAACAAGAUAAUCCUCUUCAAGUGGAUAGCUUUGGGGUCUUGGAACAUUCUACACUUGGUUAAAAACUUGCGAAGCCCAAAGGUGCAUGGGACACCUGCCUUUGCUGUAUCAGGUGUUUUUCUGUUAGUACAGGGAAUGGUGUCCAAGUUUUACAGCCAAGUAGGGUAAUACGUCGUAAAAUUGUCUUUCUACCAGAGCUGCCGUUACCGAGGCAGACUGUUCUGUUACUGAAACGGUCGGAUCCUGCAAGCGUGGGAGCGGUCGUAUGCUCCCGAGAGCUAGAAGGAACAGUCACGGCUGUAGAUAAUACAGCAGACGACCAGGCAAGCUGGUGAAUAAAUUCCGUAGUUCAAGUCUGAGUUUGGGCACUAGGAAGAACGGCAGUGUGUGUGUGUGUGUCCUUCCUAGUGCCCAAACGCAAGGCUGCUUCGACUAUGGGAUCGGGGCCACGUUCCCCUGAUGUAUUUGCUCAAGAUGGCAGUAUGCAGUUUUCUUAACACUGUUUCCUGGAGUAUUUUUACUGUAUUGCUUUUCCGUGCAUUACAGUGCAUGCGUGAUACAAUCGACCACACUUACCAGUGUGACAAUCACUUUAAACCAGGGUCCGCAGCUCGUCCACAAAUUUUGUGUAGCUGUGGACGGGUACCCUUAUUCCCAGUUACGUUACGUGCUUCAGCACAUUGUCAAAGUUCAACCAACAUCUGGGAAGCUUCUUUACAAUUCGGAUAGCACCCAGGGUUCUUCGAGUAUGGAAACAGUCGAAUAGAGGGCCCAUGGAGAUACAUUAACAUGUGGGACUGGAGUUUUCACGUAUGGUUUUCCAAGGAAGCAUGUGACUCAUCUUGACAACACCACCCAGCCAGAAAUGGGAAGUACAAUUGUAGGGGGAUUGUCUGACUGCUGUUUUGCAGGUUACUUGAACGUAGCGUAACACUUAACCACUCUGUAAAUUUGUGAUGCGUGUCGUCUUACAGUAGCUAUAGUUCUGCUUUCUGUUAUGAUUAACACUUCUAUGAAAACUGCGUGCUAUGCCAGCAACCCAACCAUACUUCUAGAUUGUUAGGGUGCGUUCACACGGGCCAACUUACUGUACCGACCCCAGCCAACGUGUAAUGACUAAGACUGUGCCGUCUCCGUGUUUACACGUGCCAACUCUGACUGCACUCUCGCACGCAAGCUUUCGGCAAUCUGAGUGUAUGGGUUCAAUUCCAACUACUGGUGACUUUUUUUUUUUUUUUUUCAGCUAUCAUUAUUCAAAGCAAAGUCAUUUGAUUUUGCCUGAAGAUCACAGUAUCUCCAAAAAAUGCCUACUGAUACGUUUAUAUGGUGCUAGUAAGGAAGAAAAGAUGAUCAGGUACCCCUGUAGGAUUUGAACCCAUGCUAGGUAGUACGGCAGGUACGAAAUCGCUUGACGCCCUGGAGGGUCACGUGUCAAUGCUCUUCACUUUGAUUGGCUACAACACCACUAACUCUCCCAAGUUUUUGGGUCGGUAGCCGAUUGGGUUGUGGUUUAUGGUGUCGGCCAACUCGGACCAACUCCAAAGUUGGUCAUGAUUGGUGGAGAAAGUUACACACCCUUUAGCAGUCGUGUUGUGUAGGUGAAGGGUCACAUGCUACCUUAUUUGACUGUUGUGUGCUGAGACAUUUACCGCAUUACGCUUUUGUUAAUGUAUGGCAGAGGCAUUCUGAGAAUUGUCACAGGAUUUGUUGUUCGCAAUUUCGGGGCCUCAACAAGACGUGCAGAUCAGAGAUGAAAAUAUUUCAUUCACCGCACACAUGAGUAGUGUGGCGAAAAGAAACAUUCUCGUUUCUGAUGUCAACAUCACAUACCAGGUGGAAUGCACAAUGGUGACUUAUUAGAGGUUCUUGAACCAUUACUACAUUGUGUUUAUUUGCAUAUGUAGUGCCUCGUGGGUGGAAAUGAUAAAUCAUCAGUGCUCUGAUGACGCACAUUGGUUGCACAGUAGCUAUGAAUGCUGACCGUGUCACUCUGUCUUCAGUGCGUUCUACCAUGAUCACUUUCAACCAACGUGCUCAACAUCUUCUAGCAGUUGUCACAACCCAAAUCCAGUUUCCCACCCGAGCUCUCGUACCUAUUUACAUAAUUGGCGCACUUUUUAAACCGAAAAACAUAGUGCCCUAGGGAUGUGUGCAUGAAUUCAUACGUGCCAACUCUCCCCAAUUAUCCGGGAGACUUCCAAAUUUCGUUCAGUCUCCCGAUUGCACUGACACGCCCUCCAGUCUCCCGGAAAAUUAGGGCCUUGGUCUUUUCUUCUCGAAAUGUCCUUUAAUAGCUGGGCAAACGUAUUCCUGAAGAAUUAGACAGCCCGUAUCGCGUGAUUCGCGGCAUGACCAUCCAUGGCUGGAGGUGGCGGCAGAUAGCGCGUUUCAUUGUGUCCGUGUUUCUCGAGAAGACAUCCUACCGUCAGUCCAGCUUUGUACAGUAGUUUAGUCUCCUCCGCUGGCACUCUCCAAACGGAAGAAAUACCUGCACGUGUUCCUUGUACGUGCAAAGUACCUUUUCACACGUUUUCUGGUUGAGCACAACCAGGCGCAGAGCGUCAGCGGCGAAGUGAUCGCUGUUCCAGAUGUUGUUCCCAAAAAGUGACUGAACAAAGUGCUACAGGUCUGGAUGGGCGAAGACCACUACCAUGCGACUCCGCGAAACGCAAUGUCCUGAAACGAUGAGUCUUCGCAGUUGCGGUUGACAGAAGCAACGACAGCACGUCUCAGCUCCACCCGAUAGUGGCUACUUAUGACUUACAGGAAUUGCAAUACAGUGGCAAUGCUGUUUCAAAUGCACCUCUCCCCCGUUGCGCUGCGGGCAGUCUCCUGAAUUUUGAGUCUUUAGGUCGGCAGGUAUGUGAAUCGCACGAGUGAGAAAAAUUGUGUUGGCACUGGGGCCCUAGUCGUCACUUUCACUGCGGUACUGGCGUCGUACAAAAUAGGCCUGUAAUCCUGCUAGGCAUGUUGAAUAUAUGGGAAAAAUAAAGUAAUAGUUUUCCGCCCAAAUUGGGGUGUAUUGCCAUGUUUUUCCCCACGUAUAAUGCGCACGUUAUACGUAACAUCGAAAAAGUGUUUCGAAAAGGCACGGCAUGUUACCAACCAGUGUGCUUUAUAUAUAUGAGUUCUUUCCCUGAACGUCAACUUUUAGGAGGAUGCGACGUAGGGAUAGCCGUGCACAGUGUUCAAUGCGGCACCUCCUGGGUGGUUAUGAGGGGGGUAGGUCUCUGACAAAUAAGAGACGCUGGGCUUCUUAGGUCCUUAGAUGGAUAGCUGCUUCCCUGUGCAGUGGCAUUGUUCCUGUCUGUCAUAGCACACAUGAGUCAUCUGAGGGUGGAGGACCCUAGGUGACUUUGGCAUGCCCUUAGUGUGCCCUGGUGUUUUCACAUGACCUCAGACUUUCUCUAGGUGACCAUUCGGGUGGCAGACCUGUACUUAAGCGAUACAGCGCAUGGUUCCUGCUCAAAGUAAACAACCAGGAAUUGCAUGACAUUGCUACGCGUUAUCUAUCGGUGCGCAUUGUACACCAAACUUUUUCCAAUUUUUGCUAAUCUUAAGGGGUUCACGUUAUACACCGGAAAAUAUGGUAACUAUACUGGCCUAUCACCUGUGCGAGUAAGCACAGAACAUUGGGGGUCAAAAGUAAGAUACGUGCAAGCAAUGAGCGCAAACCAAGUGCCACAAAAUUCAGCGUCCAAAGGACUCGAGAGGCAAACGAAAAACGUGAUUGCAGCAUUCUACCCCGUAUGUGUGUGGGCUUUUUUUUUUUUUUUUUUUCAAAGGGAAGAACAAUUAUCUGUACAAAGAUUUGCGCUGCUGAUGUGCUGACAAUACCACUUGAUAUCUGGA